AUGUUCCGUGGAGUUUUGAAAUUAAGUAGGUUUACAUUAUAGUCAUUGAUGAUCAUCGGAGAAAUGAUGAUUUCAAAAAGAUGACAUCGAUAAAGUAUAAAAAUAAAAUACAUUGCAUUCUAAAACCAUCACUCAAAACUAUAUUUUAGCUGUCAACGAUAAUACUCCAAAUAUGUCAGACGAUCAAUUGAAGAACUUCAAAAAUCAAAACCCUGAGCCACCAGUUUUAACAACAUCAAAUGGAGCUCCAAUUUAUACAAAGACGGCAGUUUUGACUGCUGGAAGAAGAGGUCCAAUGUUGAUGUCAGAUGUUGUUUAUAUGGAUGAAAUGGCACAUUUUGAUAGAGAAAGAAUUCCGGAAAGAGUUGUACAUGCAAAAGGAGCUGGAGCACAUGGAUAUUUUGAAGUUACACAUGAUAUUACAAAAUAUACCACGGCUGAAUUAUUUAACAAAAUUGGAAAACAGACACCUUUAUUGGUUCGAUUUUCGACUGUUGGAGGAGAAAAUGGAUCUGCUGAUACAGUAAGAGAUCCACGUGGAUUUGCUGUCAAAUUUUAUACCGAAGAAGGAAACUGGGAUUUGGUUGGAAAUAAUACUCCAAUCUUUUUCAUUCGUGAUCCAAUUCAUUUCCCAAAUUUUAUUCAUACUCAAAAAAGAAAUCCUCAAACUCAUCUCAAAGAUCCAAAUGCUAUGUUUGAUUUCUGGAUUCAUAGACCAGAAGCUAUUCAUCAAGUUAUGUUUUUGUUUAGUGAUCGCGGACUUCCAGAUGGUUAUAGACAUAUGAAUGGAUAUGGAUCGCAUACAUUCAAAUUGGUCAACAAAGAUGGAAAAGCUGUAUACACUAAAUUCCAUUUUAAGGUUUGUGAUUUCAAGUAGAUCUCGACAUUUUUUAAAACAAAUUUCAGCCUGAACAAGGAGUAAAAAAUCUAACAGUUUCCGAAGCUGGACGCUUGGCUUCGGAAGAUCCAGAUUAUGCAAUCCGUGAUUUGUUCAAUGCAAUUGAGAAAAAAGAAUAUCCGACAUGGAAAUUGUAUAUUCAAGUUAUGACAUUUGAAGAAGCUGAGAAAUGGGAAUUCAAUCCAUUCGAUGUUACAAAAGUUUGGCCACAUAAAGAUUAUCCAUUGAUUGAAGUUGGAAAAAUGGUUUUGAAUAAAAACGCUCGGAAUUAUUUUGCAGAGGUAAACAUUUUUUGGUUAUCACUCACAACAAUAGAAUGUUUUUAGAUCGAACAAUCCGCUUUCUGUCCAGCUCACGUGGUUCCAGGAAUCGAAUUCUCCCCAGAUAAAAUGCUUCAAGGUCGUAUUUUCUCAUACACUGAUACACAUUUCCAUAGACUUGGUCCAAACUACAUUCAAUUACCAGUUAAUUGUCCAUAUCGUGCACGUGCUCAUAAUACUCAAAGAGAUGGUGUUAUGAGUUAUCACAAUCAAGAACAAGCUCCAAACUAUUUCCCAAAUAGUUUCAAUGGUUAUCGAACUCGUCCAGAUGUCAAAGAUUCAGUGUUUGAAGCAACUGGAGAUGUUGAUAGAUAUGAAACUGGAGAUGAUCACAAUUAUGAACAACCAAGAGAAUUCUGGGAGAAAAUAUUGAGUGAAGACGAAAGAGAUCGUUUGUGUGAGAACUUGGCCGGUGCUUUGAAUCCAUGCUACGAACCAAUUAAAGAAGGAAUGAUCAAGAUUUUCAACAAUGUACAUCCAAAUUUUGGAAGUCAAGUUCGUCAUUUGUUGUGUAAAAAUGGCAAACAUUAA